UGAAGCAAGGGGAAAGUAAGAGAGAGGGGCACUCUACAUAUUAGAGAGAAAGAGAAACAAGAGGAAGGAGGAAGAGGUCGUUGAAAAAUGACGGUAAAGAUUUACGCAUAGACUUUUGGGGAUCGUUCCGUUACUUAACCUUCCCCGCUUCUCUACCUGUCUGUCCCUGCAAUCUAGGCGCUAGGGUUCAUCGAAUAUCCUGUUUCUCUCCCAUUCGAUUCCUUUCGUUUCCCUUUCGCUAUUCCAUUCUCGCUCUCUUUCUCUUCCACCUCGAUCUCUUCAUUUCAGGUGCUGAUUUAGGUGCUUGAUUUGAACGAAAUCCGCCAUGACAAUUGCCGAUUCGGUUUUUCCGAUGGACAAUGGCGGCAGCUGCGUCCCGCUCCCUCCGGAGGAGGAGAAUCGGAUCGUGUCGGAGUUGAUCAAGGAAUCGGAGCUUAAUUUGAGAGAAGGCAACUUGUACUACGUUAUUUCCAAUAGGUGGUUUUCAAGUUGGCAGAGGUAUGUUGGGGAUUGUGGUGGUAUGCUUUCCACUGGUGAGCAAUCUUCAAUUGACCAGAAUGCCGGUGUGGUUCACUCAGAGAAUGCAGAUAGACCUGGGCCGAUUGAUAAUUCUGAUAUUGUCACAAACGGAAAUAAUUACGAAGGCAAUGAUUUAGAUAUUCAUCGAAUGUUGGUGGAGGGGACAGACUAUGUUUUAGUUCCUCAGAAAGUGUGGGAAAGACUUUCAGAAUGGUAUAGAGGUGGACCUGCAUUACCGAGGAGGUUGAUCUCGCAGGGUGCUGCACAGAAGCAAUAUAGUGUUGAGGUUUACCCACUCAUUUUAAAGUUGACUGAUGCCAGAGAUAACAGUGUGUCAACUGUAAAAUUAAGCAAAAAGGCGAACAUAAGGGAGCUAUAUGAACUGGUGUGCAAAAUCAAAGGAGUAGAACAAAAAAAGGCCUGUAUUUGGGAUUACUUCAAUUUAAACAAACAUACAGUGCUAGCUGUGUCAGACCAAACAUUGGAGGAGGCAAACUUGGUGAUGGACCAAGAUAUUCUUCUAGAAGUAUCACUUGAUGGAGGUCAUUCGCUUGGAAAUGAGUUAGCUUUGGUACCAUUAGAGCCUCCAAGAUCAUCUAUGUCGAUUGCAGGGGGGCCUACGUUGUCAAAUGGUCAUGCAUCUGUGUCAAGUUUCAAUUCGUAUCAGGGAAGUUCUGUGAGUUCGUCAUUGACUACUGUGGAUGAUAAAUAUGACAACUAUAGAGGUGAAAGGGGUGGUUUGGCAGGACUGCAGAACUUGGGGAAUACCUGCUUCAUGAAUAGUUCUAUUCAAUGUUUAGUCCACACCCCGCCUCUUGUUGAAUAUUUCUUACAAGAUUACAGUGAGGAUAUCAACAUGGACAAUCCCUUGGGAAUGCGUGGUGAGUUAGCACUUGCUUUUGGUGACUUGUUGAGGAAACUGUGGUCUGCAGGGCGAACUGCUGUUGCUCCUCGUGCAUUCAAGGGAAAGCUGGCUCGAUUUGCCCCACAAUUCAGUGGUUAUAACCAGCAUGAUUCUCAAGAAUUGCUUGCGUUUUUAUUGGAUGGGCUGCAUGAAGAUUUGAAUCGUGUGAAACAAAAACCUUAUAUUGAAAUGAAGGACUCGGAUGGUAGGCCAGAUGAGGAAAUCGCAUAUGAGUGUUGGAAAAAUCAUAUGGCUCGGAAUGAUUCAUUGAUUGUUGAUGUGUGCCAGGGUCAAUACAAGUCAACAUUAGUUUGUCCAGUAUGUGGCAAAAUUUCAAUCACUUUCGAUCCUUUCAUGUACUUAUCAUUACCGCUGCCUUCCACUGUCACGCGGUCAAUGACAGUAACUGUCUUUUAUUCUGAUGGGAGUGGUCUUCCCAUGCCAUACACUGUGACAGUUCUGAAGCAUGGUUGCUGUAGAGAUCUUUCCAAUGCAUUGGCCGCUGCAUGCUGCUUAAAGAGUGAUGAAAUGCUUUUGCUGGCAGAGGUUUAUGAGCAUAAGAUCUACAGAUAUUUAGAGACCCCUUUGGAACCACUGGCAUCAAUAAAGGACGAUGAACAUAUUGUGGCCUAUCGACUGAAAAGUGGAGCCCGGAAAACGAAACUAGAAAUAAUGCAUCGAUGGCUGGAUAAUGUAAAGGGUGGAGAGAGGAAGCUUUUUGGAACUCCUCUGGUUACUUAUUUGGUGGAAGACACACUAUAUGGAGCCAACAUUGAGACAUCUGUACAUAAAAUGUUGUUGCCUUUAAGAAGAGCAUCUGCUUCAACUAAGUCUCAUGAUGGAAAGGAAAAUGGUUUCGUCUCAGUUGACAUUGACGAGAAAUCGCACAUCUCCAAUACCCAAUGUGAACCAAGUAAUCUGACAACUACCAGCACAGAACAAGAUGGGACUGCUUGUGGGGAUUCAUCUUUCCAACUUUUCGUCACUAACAGUAGUGGUUUGGGCUGUGAACCCAUUGAAAAGGAUUCUCUUCUAAAACAAAGUCAACAUAUAAGAGUCUUUCUUGACUGGACUGACAAAGAGCAUGAUUUAUAUGAUGCUAGCUACCUGAGGGAUCUUCCUGAGGUUCACAAGACUGGAUUUACUGUGAAAAAAACCCGGCAAGAAGCCAUUUCUUUAUUUUCAUGCCUGGAGGCUUUCUUGACUGAAGAACCUCUAGGGCCUGAUGAUAUGUGGUACUGCCCUAGAUGCAAGGAACACAGACAAGCAACCAAAAAACUAGAUUUGUGGAAAUUGCCAGAGAUUCUUGUUUUUCAUUUGAAACGAUUCUCAUACAGCAGAUAUCUGAAAAACAAACUUGAUACUUUUGUGAAUUUUCCCAUUCACAAUCUUGAUUUGACCAAGUACGUUAUAAGCAAGGAUGGACAAUCCUACAUGUACGAACUUUAUGCUAUAAGCAAUCAUUAUGGUGGUCUCGGGGGUGGGCACUAUACUGCGUAUGCUAAGUUGAUCGAUGACAAUAAAUGGUACCAUUUUGAUGACAGUCAUGUCAGCCCUGUUACUGAAGCCGAAAUUAAAUCUUCAGCUGCAUAUGUCCUAUUUUAUCAGAGAGUUAGGAGUAAACCGCAGAUGGAAGGAGAGGCAUCUGUGGCUCAUACAGGUUCUUUUUAGGCAGUGACGAGGCUUUUUCCUGUUUUUGUCUGGAUUAUAUGCUUCACAAUAGGCAGAGCUUGUAUCCUGGAUAGUUGUACUUCCCCUGCCCUGCAAAACAUGCAAGCUGAAAUUGAAGACAAAAUGUUGCUGUUUGGUGACAGCAAUUAAGCAGAUGUUUGAGGCUCCGGAAAACAUGUCAAUAGGAGUAUUGGCUCUUCAUCUCCACACGAUAUAUCAUUUUUUGAUCAAGAAGUUUUUGCAGCCUAUGAACUUGCUUAGGUAUUUCUUUCUGCUAUUAAAUUUCAUUGGAUGUUAUACCGAUGAAUUAAUCAUAAUUGCCGUUUGAUAGUGGUAUUUUUGUUUUCAUAAUUUGCUAGUAGGGCUACAUUUGAAUUUGUGAAGAAAUUUUAGCCAUUGUCUUAUCAUGUUGUUAGGAGCCUUAAACCCAAUAUCUUGCGACAAUUACAUAAAAUGCGUGGAAGAGAUAUAGAAAGCAGCUGAUUAUAUUUGUUUAA